GGGAGGUUGGAGUCGGUUGCGUGUCUAGCAUCCUUGAGGCUCACACGGGACAUGCCGGAAGCACCCACGAGGGGCCGCCAGCGCCCAAGGGUUCCGGCGAGUUGGUCCGUGGCCAGUUUGGAUCAAGGCCUUGCCUUCGUCCCAAGACUUGUGGUCGUCUCUUCCGUGGCCAUGUUGGCUCAAGGCCACGUUUGGUCAAGCCGUGUUUGCUAGAGGCAGGGUUUGUCCGAGGCGGCGGACGGCCGCAGGCCUGGAAACUGGGGCGCGCGCGGCCGACAUGGCCGAGCUCACCGGAGCGCAGCUGCAGCGGACCUGUGCGCCACUGUAUCCGUCCUUCGCACUUGAGUCUUUUGCCGCCCUGGUCCUGUUCUUCUUCUUUCUCUACCUGUCCAUCAUCAUCUCGACCAGGCAGCAGCUCAAGACGCCGGCAAAGUCGAUAGCCAAGUUGAUCUGGCACAGCCUCACGGGUUGGUGGGAGGACACGGUCAGAGUGCUCAGCAGGUGGAGUGAGAUGGGCGAGAUGUCGAUGCCCAAGCGAUUACGCUUCUGCCGGAGGUUGAACGCGACGAUUUGCCGGUCGCAGGCCGUCAUCGCGCUCUUGGCCGUGACCCGCUGGCUGCACAUCAACAACGUCAACGGCUUCCGGUACCUGGGCUACGCCUUCACUUGCCCCUUGAUGCAGGCCGAGCUCAUCCUGAUCAUCGCGCCGAUCGUGCCGUGCUACAGGAUGGUGACGCAGAUGACUGCCAUUAUUACUUUCCUGAUGCUGCUGUCUGGGUAUAUCGCGUCCCAGUUUGAUGGGAAGCUGUGGGAGGGCGACCUCGUCCUCGACAGGAACCUCAGCUUCCUCACCACUAAAGGCUGGGUAACGCUCCCGAGCAUGGUCAUCCUGCUCUUCCUCUCCUUCGUUCAGAUCCCCGUCCUAGGCCUGCUGUACUGCUGGAAUGGCGGUGGCCGCGACGGCAGAUUCCCGGCCGGUUACCUGACGCUCUUGGCGAUCACGUCCGUCACGUGGCUCCUCUUCCCCAUCUGGUGGUUUCUGUCCUUUGAGGGCGAGGGCUACAUCCAGGACACCAAACUCAACGGCGCUGGCUUCGCUCUCCUCAACAUGACCAGCAAGGGAGCGUUCACGAUGCAGAUGCUGUCCAUGGUCAAGCGGUGGAAGCGCGACUUCGGGCCGAGCAGCUUUGGGCGGCAGACCUCGGUAGACUCCGCCGUUGCGGACCUCCAGAAUCUCUCGCCUCGCAGCAACAAAACCGAGAAGUCUGCGGACUGGAUCAUCAAUGGCCUGAAGACAUUCGAUCAGGGCAGCGAGAAUUCGCUGGAUCGGGUCCCAGGUCUGGGCCCCGAGGCGCAGGCGCCGCCACCACCCGAGAAGACGAUUGUCCUCGACACGACUUGCCUGAGCGAUGAGGUGCUUGUCUCGGAGCUGGCGAGGAGGAUCAACCUGAGCAGCGUGGGCAACACCGACCACAUCGUCGGCAAGCCCCUCGACCCCCAGGAGCUCUUCAAGCAGGCGCUGGACAAAGAGAUAGCCAUGGCGUGCUCGAAGUUCGUCUGUGAGGACGACGACGAUGAGGACGACGAGGAAUGAGAAGGCGGUCGGUCACACCUCGGGGCUCCGUUUGGCCAGGAACGCCACAGCGACCUUGGCCGAGCCAGAAACUUCGUGGGUGUCCUCCCAGCCCAACCGUCAGAGACCUCCUGCAAGAGAUGACAGACAGACAGAGAUAACUAGACAGGCGAAGGUCGUGCGUAGGAAUCCAGCCACGCUGCCCCGCAGACCCGCCACCGCGCCGAAAGUUGUCAACGGUGCACUGGUGGGUUCAUUUUUUCUGGUGGCGCGGUCAUUUAGGCCAUGGCUGAUCUUCCAGCAACGUCUUGACGUGAGCGCACCGCGUGCAUACAGUUUUUUAAGAUUUGCGUCGUCACGGCUACGUUGUAAUUUUUAACGCGUCAGUGCGAUCUCUUGUUUAUAGCUGAGUCCCAUUUGAUUCAAACAAGGCUUAGACUUUGAUUCGGACAGUGGCUGACCUUUUGGCAGUCGUGUGAUCAAUCGAGUCUCGUUUUUGCAUCGUUGAUGCCUUUAGAGGAAGAGCAGAAAACUUGUGGUCGUCUCUUGGGAAGCUCCUGGGGGAGGUUGGAGUCGGUUGCGUGUCUAGCAUCCUUGAGGCUCACACGGGACAUGCCGGAAGCACCCACGAGGGGCCGCCAGCGCCCAAGGGUUCCGGCGAGUUGGUCCGUAGCCAUUUUGGAUCAAGGCGUUGCCUUCGUCCCAAAGGUGUCCGUGACUUCGUCUCAAGGGUACAGCAUCUAUCUUAGCUGUCACAAUUCUCACAAGACGUUACCUCCGCAGCUCAGUUCCGAGGUGCGCCUGAUGAUGUCUUUGCUACGCUUCGUAGUAGCACUCCUCGGCAAGUCCCCGAUAUUGUACGCAUCGGGGUACCGCUGCCCGUGCGUUCCGUGUUGGCCAGACGAGUCUGCGUGGAGUCCGCGGUUUUCAAUACAAAAUGUGAGACAGUAUCAGGCGGGAUCCGUUGUUGUCAUGGUUCGGGGG